AUGAGAUUUUUUUCACUGAAAUUGUUUUCAUAUUUUAAAAACUGUAGGUCUGAAGCAAAAAAUUUGACGGCACCCUCUGGAUUUUGUUUUUGUUGGGGAGGUGUGAAGGCCAAUUGUGGAGUCACCAGAGGAAAGGUCAUGUAUGAGGUCCGUAUCUUGGAGCAUCUGGCAGCUGAUUUCGGUGAGAACCACAUUGAAACGUCACCUCACCUGCUGAGGAUUGGAUGGUCCAUGGUGCAUGCGUCAUUACAACUCGGGGAGGAACAGGAUUCCUGGGGUUAUGGAGGAACAGGAAAGUUCUCUACCAACAACAAAUUUAGUGAUUAUGGUGAAGCGUACACUAUUGGCGAUGUCAUUACGGCGUUUUUGGAUUUGGAUUCGAAACCUGCAUCAAUCUCGUUUGCUAAAAAUGGCCUGUGGCUGGGCGUGGCUUCACCGUUGCAUGGAUUCAAAGUUGAUCAGAAGAGUCAUGCCAUGUUCCCUCACAUUCUCUCCAAGAACUGCAGAUUUGAAGUAAACUUUGGCCAGCAGUCUUCAUGGUGUCCAGUGCAGUACGUCAACCAUGAUCAUGUCUUCAUAAACAACAUAUCUCCAAUGUACACGGCACCUGGUCCUAAGCCACCUCAAUCCAAAUCUGAUUGCGAGGUGAUAAUGGUUGUUGGCCUGCCUGGUUCAGGAAAAACUACAUGGGCACGAAAGAUGUUCCGAGAUCACCCAGAGAAAAUGUACAACAUCAUUGGGACCGAUGACCUGAUCGACAAGAUGAAGGUCAUGGGUCUACCAAGAAAGAACAACUAUAGUGGAAGGUGGGAGGUACUCAUCCAACAAGCAACUAGUUGUCUCAACAAAAUUUUCUUCAUAGCAAGCAGGAAGUUGCGCCAUUACAUAAUUGACCAGACGAACGUGUAUGCAACUGCUCGCAAACGAAAGAUGAAAAAUUUUGUGGGGUUCAAGAGGAUUUGUGCUGUGCUGCAGCCUGAAGAUGAUGAGUUGAAAAGAAGAGAGUGGAAGAGGACAUUUGAAGAAGGUAAAGUAGUACCAGAAGAGGCAGUGAUGGAGAUGAAAAUGAACUAUUCUCUGCCUGAUGCAGAGGUAGAUGAACACAUUGACGAAGUCAUCUGGAUUGAACUUGGGAAGGAUGCUUCCUGUCAACUAGUCAAUCAAUACAAUGAGGAGGGAAGCCUCAAACUACCAUCUAGAAAAAGAUUGAGCAGUACAAGUCUUCCUAAUAACAGCAACAACAGUAGCAACAACAACAGUAGCAGCAACAAUAAUGUCCGUACUAAAAUUUAUUACAUGCAUUUAUCGAGUUGUCACUUCUUAUGA